UUCUAGAAAGAAGGUGAAGAAAGAGCUAGAGAUGACAUUUGCUGCUGGGACUACUCGACCCCACUCAUUUCCUACAACGAUGACUGGCGGAAUUGUCAGAAAUUCGCUGAUGCCAUCGAUGACAGACGCAAAAGAGGAAAGUUGGUCGAUGUCUUUUAUGACAGACGGAAUAAAUGGGCACUGGAUGAUGACAACUCCAAACUGGUAUGAACAGGAGAUGGAGUUUAAAAAGCAAAAUGAAGCGUCAAUAUCCUUGGCAAUUACUUCUCUUCUCAUUGGACUAUUUGGUCUGCCUGCAAACAUUCAGAUCCUAGCCUACUACUGGAGUAAGAGAGGUAACUUGGUUCCCUCCCUCUAUCUGGCCCUCUCUUUCACAGAUUUUAUUGUGUGCCUGACAGCAAUACUCCAUUUCGUCGCCAUGUUACUCGUAAUAGCAGAUGUUUACGACGAGUCACCAGUGCUGACCCCCUAUCUCGGUGUUGUGUUCUCCUUGACGACACUAAUCUUGCGAGUUUCUGUCUUUGUCAACGUGGUGCUGAUUGUAGUCCGAACCAUCAAUAUAACCCGACCUUUCUACCAAGUGAACAUUAAAAAAAUGUGGAUAGCAAUCUUCAUCUGCCCUAUAGUCCUGCUGCCUAUUAUAAUCUAUGAUGCUGUUCAAAUAGGAGAAUUAGAAACAUCAUUUGGGAGUAAGAUCCGAUACGUCUUUCUCCCAUUCGUUGGAGACUUCUGUAUCAAGGACAUAGUGGUCUCAGUGGCAAACAUUCAAGCCAAGAAGGGUAGUAAGAAAUCAAUACAAAUUCCACAGGGAGUAACCUUUGCUACAUCUUGCGCUCCCUUCAUCUUAGCGGUUAUAAUUUCACUGGCAUGUUUAGCAAUCAACUGGAGGAAGCUUUCCACUAGCCAGAAAAAGAUGUCCGCCAGCAAGAGUGGCGAAAGUAGCAAUACAGAACGGGAAGUAACGAUCACAAUCGGAAUGCUGACCACAGUCUUCUCGUUAUGUAACACCGUGUACGCAGCAUUCCUGACUCUGUGCUGGAUUCUUAACCUAGACUACUGGAGUGAUCAACGUGUCUUGCAGCUGUGCUACUUGACAAGCACGGUAUUCCCUUUUUUAAGCUCGGCGCUCAAUCCGGUUAUCUUGAUAUGGAGGAGCAAAAAGUUGAUGGAGUCACUGAAGAAUAGGCUGCUCUGCAGAAAUCCUAAGAAGAUCGAAAAUGCAACCUGUAGUAGUACGGCCGCAACGAUCUUUACGAGGAAGCUAUGAAGCUAUUGAUGAAUUAUAUGCAAACAAAUAUAACUUACUAUGUCUUCAGUUUCCUUAAUUAAAAGAGAUUAUCUAUAAUCCAAAACCAUGGCCACAGGGCAUAAAAAAGUUUUCUUUGUGUUAAAUUUCUUACCUCAUUUGCAUAGCACAAUAGAUUCAUCCUUGCGAUCUUCUGCUGUAUUCCCUGGUAUUCUCUGAGGUUACUAACGAACUGUUUUCUGGUAUUUGCGUGAUCCGUGGAUUUGGCAAUCAACAUUUUCAUUGUGCCAGUUAGACACGCCCCCAUACCAAAUCUGCCGUUGUUCAGGAUGUUCAUGGCAACCUGGGUUUUUCGAUGUUUUAAAGUUUGAUUGUAUAAAGAUAUGGGAUUUAUUUUGGAUUUUCGAAUUUCAUGGAAUUACUUUUCUUGCCAUAGUCCGGCUUUUUAUCU